AUGACACAUUUCAGAGUCUUCCUCGGCGCCCCGUCCGCCAGUAAUCUCAAAAAAGACUCGAUUGGUUCGCCCUCCCAAAUACUACUGUAUCCUCCCGCAACACUCGAGGCCGCGAGCAGACGAAUAUCUUUGUUCUACCAGAACAUUAUAUUCGACGAUUAUGAACAGACGACGGUGAUAACCUGGCCUCCGACCCCUGUUGCAGAUACAACUGGUGUACCUUCAUUCCUGCGUAUAUCGCAAUCUCAGUCACAGUCUCAGCUUGCUGCGAUGGAUCAAACACAGGAAACCACCUCUGUGUCUUACUCGGACGCGUCUUCUAUAGCCCGCUUCCCUCAUUUUCAGAUUAACCUUCACAAGGGAAGAAAAGUGAAUAUAUUACUCGCUACGCUAGAAGUGGAAGGCCCCGAUACAGUGCGUGUGAAGAAAGGCCCAGACGCAGGGAAAGAAGUUUCAGUUCUUAAAAUGAUUCUGGGUGAUGAAGAUGGAUCAGUGUGUAAGCUCACCGCAUGGCGUGGACGUUGCAGAUGCCUGGGGUGCAUUGGGCAUCUCGCACCAACGUGCGAGCCAGGCAGCUCGAUCACCCUCACCGCUUCUCCGUAUAACAAGCCCACCGCGGAGAUUUGCUUUCGGACCAUGCCUUACACACGUGAGGACAACCGUCUCCGGCCGGACCUCCGGCUCGGGAAAAGCGACGCCGCCGUCAAGAAGGUCGCUGCAUUGGCCCACUGGUUCGAGCAAAUGGCGGGUUUGGUGGUUAGUUAA